GGAGCUGGACCGCGCCCAGGAACGCCUUUCCACCUCCUUGCAAAAGUUGGAGGAGGCCGAGAAAUCGGCAGAUGAGAGCGAGAGAGGGAUGAAAGUCAUUGAGAACCGAGCGCUGAAAGAUGAAGAGAAGAUGGAACUGCAAGAAAUCCAGCUAAAGGAAGCCAAACACAUAGCGGAAGAGGCAGACAGGAAGUAUGAAGAGGUGGCCCGUAAACUGGUAAUCAUAGAGGGCGAUCUGGAACGCACAGAGGAGAGGGCGGAGCUGGCAGAGGCCCGGGUCCGUGAGCACGAGGAGCAGAUCCGGUUAUUGGACCAGAACCUCAAGUGUUUGAAUGCAUCUGACGAAAAGUAUUCCCAAAAGGAAGACAAAUAUGAGGAAGAAAUUAAGCUUUUGACAGACAAGCUAAAAGAGGCCGAGACCAGAGCAGAAUUUGCCGAGAGAUCAGUCGCCAAACUUGAGAAAACCAUUGACGAUUUGGAAGAUAAGCUGCAAGCCACCAAGGCCGAAAACUCCCACAUGCAGAAAACGUUGGAAGAAACUCUGAGCGAAUUGCACAGCUUGUAGGCGUGAUGUCACUGCCAGACCACACCCCGCUGCGGCCCUUCCCCUGCACCCCCGACCCCCUUCCAACCCAGCCGCCUGGGGACCGGACCACGCACUCGCCAACCUGAUUGUCGCGUCCUCGUAAAACCGCGUGGUGGGCGGACGUUUUUUUUAAAAAAAAUUCUGCAUUUUAAACAUUCCUGUGGCCCCCCGUUCUCUCUCUCGUUGUUUUUCUUUUCAGGUGAUCUAACUUCGCUUCUUGCAACGGGGCGAGCGUCCUGUGUACGUGUGACCCGCCCCCGCGUUUCGUAGAACCAAUCAAAAAAAAAACGGGGAUCGAAUCAUCAUGCUAAUUUUUUUUUUUUUUUACAUGGACCAAAUCCUGCUGCUGUGUUUUCAUAGUGCCAAAAUUUAUAACGAUUUUUAUUCCUGCGAUUUCUUGGCCUGGUACCCGGGUCGAAUGUAAUGUGUUCGAAAGAAAAUUGGGGGCCCUUUUCAUGCGAUUAUCUAAUCUUGGUGUAGCCAAAACGUUCUUUAAAGUAGAGGAGGGAUAGAACCCCUGCCAUGUUUUUACUGUGCUGCUGGAGUGCUUGCCCUCACUUCCUGUCUUACUGACAGGAAGUGAGGGAAAAUCUCUCCACCCUCACUUCCUGUCUUACUGACAGACAGGAAGUGAGGGAAAAAAAAUCUGUCCACCUCAACGCAGGCCAAAUAAAAAUGUUCUUCCGUUCAGUGAAGGACACAGCCAGAUCAUUAGAUGGAUGGGCUUGACGUUGCCACCUGCCGGGUGUAGCCCAAAAAAGAUAAAAAUUCGCCCCUACUUCCUGCUGACACAGGAAGGAAGGGUAAAUCUCCCCCACUGGCCAAAUUAAAAAUCGUUUCUGUUCAUUGAAGGACGCAGCCAGAUCAUUAAAGGCUUGAUGUCGCCACCUGUAGGAGCAGCCCAAAAAAAAAAAAAAACUCCCUAGGGUCAUCACUUCCUGUAUUGUUGACGGACAGGAAGUGAGGGUAAAUCUCUUCAACGGCAACACUGGCCAAAUUAAAAAGGGGUUUCCUUCCUUCCGUUCAUUGAAGGAUCUAGCCAGAUCAUUAGAGGGCGAGGCUUGAUGUCGCCACCUGCAGGAGCAGCCAAAAAAAAAACUCCCUAGGGUCCUCACUUCCUGUAUUGUUGACGGACAGGAAGUGAGGGCAAAUCUCUAAAACGGCAACACUGGCCAAAUUUAAAAAUCGUUCUGUUCAUUGAAGGACGCAGCCAGGUCAUUGGAGGGCGAGGCUUGAUGUCGCGACCUGCAGGAGCAGCCAAAAAAAUAAAAAAUCCCUAGGGUUCUCACUUCCUGUCUGGCUGACAAACAGGAAGUGAGGGUAAAUCUCUUCAACAGCAGCACAGACAGAAUUAAAAAUGCUUUUCUUUAGUAAGUAGGGGAAAUCUAGAACCCCCGGUCAGAUUUUAAUUACUUAUUGGGGACACAAUUAUUGUGUCCCCGUUGCAGAUUUUUUCCUUCACUUCCUGUCCCUUGUCAUAGGGGCAGGAAGUGUGGGGGAGGGGGGGAUUUCUAACCGACCUCUAGGUGGCAGUAAACACAUGGCAGGAGUUCUAAAUCUCUUGCACAGAUUCAUGCUUAAGUCCAGUGGUGACGGGUUCUCUUUAUUAUAAUCAUGCUUCUAUAAAUGCAGCGCAAAAGGGCCCUCGGGGGAGGUCAUCAUGCGAUUUUGGGGGGGGGGGGGGGGGAAUCGGAUUUGAGAGAUUUUUGUAGCCAUUUAACCUGUAAAAAAAAAAAAAAACAUUCCUGUACUUUUUUGUAUACCGCCCCUUGUGAUGUCAUGACCCUGCGUUUAUAGAACGAUCAUGCGUUGAAGCUUUUUCAUGUGUAUUUCCAGAUUUGUCGGUAACCGGUGACGUUUUUUUUUUUUUUUAAUAAACACCACCCGUGUGCCGCUGUCGGCGUUGUCCCCGGCUGCUGAGUGAUGGGGUGGGGAGUGGGGGGAAGGGUACCUGCUGAAUUUUUAUUUUAUUUUUGCUUUGGUGCAACUAGUACAAAAUAAAUUCACGUGCCACUUUUCAAACGAC